AUGAUCGAGACGUACGGAAAAAGUUUGCGAAUCUUUCGCGUCUUUGGGCUGUUAUUUUCAUUAACGAUCGUAGUCGCGAACGCUCAGGAAAUCUCCAAAAACGCGACUACGAUCAUCAACGAUGAAGCAGCCGUCCCGACGUCUAUUAGCCGCGAGGACAAAAUGGAAGCGAGAUCUGAAGGAGAGACUCUGCUGGAGAUAGAACCAUCGACGAGAAGUGUUGAGUGGAAAAAUAGCGGUCCAUUUACUCGUAGGAAGGACAGCUAUUUGGACGCAUUAAGACAUUCUCGAACUAGCACGGAUCCUCGCGAAGGAAUAGUUGCAGUGGACGUAACGUCGGGUAGCUCUAUUCAACGAAGAAAGGAACAAUCGGUGGGACCAGUCUAUGCAGGAAAAAGGUCCGAGAUAUCCUUCCAAACCGGCUCGGACAGAGAUUCCUUCUCCAUGGUACCAAGCGAUUCGUAUUCCUUGCCGACACGAUCGUCCAGUGACUUUUCGGGCCUCAAAAAUUCUUACGGACCUCCCCGAUCGCAACCACCGCGUGAAACGUACGGACCACCGCGCGAAACGUACGGACCACCGCGCGAAACAUACGGACCACCUUAUCACGAUCAAUCUUCCUACGGGGGAGAAUACACGUCCGUUGGCGCAUAUCCGGCUCAGCCGCAGCAAGGUGAGACUCGAGCGUACGGAGUGCCACAUGGAAUGACCGAAUCGGUGCAUCUUGGUUUUCCAUCUAUCGACUUCUCUUGGCCCUUCGCCCUCAAGCUGAACGCCUUCACCCUGGCCAAGAUACUUUUGAAAUUGGUUAUUUUCAAGAUGAUAGUUAAGUUUAUCGCUGUUAUCUGUCUGCUGCUUUUCAUCCCCAAGCUGGAGAUUAAAAAGACGAUCAAGAAGGUGAAUAUGCAGAGUAACAACGAUGACGACGACGAUGAGGACGAAGGCCGUAGUUUGCGAAACGCUAACUGGAGAGUAUGGGAUAGACUAAAUCUCUUGACCUUGGUGGUAGACGAGGCAUGGAAACAACACGAGAUCGCCAACGAAUCUAGCUCCAGUGAAUGCUCCACGCUCGAGUGCCAAGUUCGUAGAGCCUUCAAAAACGACCAAUCGUGGCCCGAUUAUGAGCAACUAUUGCAGAAUUAUAUUAUGGAGGAAACGCGGCGCCUUUAAACCAAGUCUCAGCCUGUUAGCUGUUUGUUGAUUUGUCCUUACUUAUGGAAAUCUUUCGGUUCGACCGCACUCAGUGAUUCAUCCAUGAUCACAUUGCUCAUGUCGCGUAUUUAUGCGUUACCUAGCUAUUAGUAUAGUCGAGGAUAAGAAUAAGUGGACAGGUAUCGAUCAAAUCUCGUUAAAUAUGGCUUGUUGCCGCACAAACGUGUAAAUAUUAAUUUCUAUUAUGUAUUAAACGUAUGUAUGUACUAUAAGGAUAUAUAAUAAAUAGACUGCGGAUUUUCACGCAUUUUCACGUUCGGAGAAUGUACACCGUAUGCAAAGAUACAUAUAGAUAUUUCAAUUAUAGUAGCCUUUGUCAUAUUUAACUAGUCAGCUGUUCUUGACGAAUAUACUCGUCGCGAAGAAACGGUAAUAAUAUCGACGAGCAAUAAUAUCAGCAAUAAAAUUAAAGAAAACAGUCGUUUCAUUGCAAUUUAAUUCUAUAUUAUAACAGUCACGCAUACUCUUUGCUUCACGAGUAUACUCGUCACCGCUUACUUUCUGCCACACAUUUUACGUACACAUUUCUCAAAGAGGUGGAAACAGCUAACUGGUUGAUAGACGAAGCAAUUUUACAUCCAUGUCUCUUAAUUGUAUUCGUAAAAAUAUGAAUUUGCACGAAUAUCCGCAGUCUAUCAACGAAUAAAUCUUAAGUAUAAUACUAA